CGGGGCGGAGCGGGGGCCUUGGGCUCGCCGAGUUGACGUCAUGCUCAACGAUUCCUCCGUGCCAGCCAACCUGACCGAGCUGGCCGCCGCCCUGCCCGCCAGCCCCUACAGCCUGGCGCAGACCAUCGUCAUCGCCAUCGUGGGCAGCGUGCUCUCCGUACUCACCGUCGUCGGCAACUCCAUGGUCAUGAUCAGCAUCAAGAUAGACAAGCAGCUUCAGACCAUCAGCAACUACUUCCUGUUCUCGCUCGCCGUCGCCGACUUCGCGGUCGGCCUCAUAUCCAUGCCGCUCUUCACCAUGUUCACUAUCUUCGGCUACUGGCCGCUCGGGCCGCACAUCUGCGACACUUGGCUGGCGCUCGACUACCUCGCUUCCAACGCCUCCGUGCUCAACCUGCUCAUCAUUAGUUUCGAUAGAUACUUCAGUGUGACGCGGCCGCUGACGUACCGCGCCAAAAGGACUACACGUCGCGCCAAGGUGAUGAUAGGCGGGGCGUGGGGCUUCAGCCUCGUGCUGUGGCCGCCCUGGAUCUACGCGUGGCCGUACAUCGACGGCGAGCGCAAAGUGCCCCCGCACGAGUGCUACAUUCAGUUCAUUGAGACCAAUCAGUUCAUUACGUUCGGGACAGCGAUCGCCGCGUUCUAUGUGCCCGUUACAGUGAUGUGUAUAUUGUACUAUAAGAUAUGGCGGGAGACGAAGAAACGGCAGAAGGAUCUGCCCAACCUGCAGGGCGGCAAGAAACACGACUCAUCGAAAAGAUCUAAUUCAAGUGACGAGACACGUGAGGUGGAUGGACGCGCGCGUUCGGAGUCCGGCGAUGCAGACUCCGUGUACCAUGUGCGGGGCGCAUUACACGACACACGCUGGAGGGACCAUCAGGUUGCGAAUUCGCGUAGCACGAAACGCGGCUGGAUCGCGAUCCAGGCGUGGUGCAUCGCCUGGUGGCACUCAGGGCGCGAGGACCUGGAGGACACGGAGCCGGAGGAGGAGCCCUCGGACGCGGGCUACGCUACCCCCGUGUCAGUAGAGACGCCGCUGCAAAGUUCUGUGUCCAGGUGCACAUCUUUGAAUGUUAUUAGAGAUCCUUACGCGUCUCGCGGAGGAUCGGGUGGAUCGAGUGGCGGCGACGGAGGAACUUCACCUUUACGGAGGACAUACGAGAAUCCAACAGCUCCAAUACCCGCGGCUAGGGACAGUCGCUCCCUCCCACCUAACACCAGAAUCAAUACCACUACCUCACCCGCACCAAAAUCCGCGUCCGCCGACUCAGUUUACACUAUCCUAAUAAGACUACCAGAUGCUGACACCGAAAGACCGAGUAUAAAGAUGAUAACAGAAGAAUCCCCUCCGUCGAACGCUAGAUCUCACUACAGACCACCGGCUAGAGGAGAUUCUGAACUAAACCUACACCCUGGAGGACAUGGUGCACUAACGAGAAGAACAUCACAUUUACAGGAUGUUCGGAUACCGUUAAAUGCUAAGAUUAUACCUAAACAGCUGGCAGGGAAAGGCAUCACGUCGAAACAGCCAAAAAAGAAAAAAACUCAAGAGAAGAAACAAGAGACAAAAGCGGCUAAAACUUUAUCUGCAAUAUUGUUAUCAUUCAUUAUCACGUGGACGCCUUACAAUAUUCUAGUAUUACUAAAGCCUUUAACAGCGUGCACCAAAUGUAUUCCAGACGAACUUUGGUCUUUUUUCUACGCUUUAUGUUAUAUAAAUUCUACUAUUAAUCCUGUUUGCUACGCUCUUUGUAACGCGACGUUUAGAAGGACGUAUGUCAGGAUUUUAACUUGUAAAUGGCAUAACAGGAAUAGAGAAGCUAUGACUAGAGGUGUGUACAAUUAA